AUGGCUGAGGAUGCUUCGAGUCGAGCUCAGGAGCGCCCUCACGCAGGAGUCGGGACAGGCUCUCACAGAGAUCUAGCCAGAGGACCCAAAGAUGCCUAUUUCCGCAAUUUGUACACAAAGGCUCCCGACUUCCGAGCGAUGGCGCUUAAUGAUCCAGAAUUCGCAGCUUUCGUCAAAGGUCGAGGUCGUGACCUCAACUUCAGCGACCCCAACGCCGUCAUGCAACUGACGAAGACGCUGCUCAAGGUUGAUUUUGACCUGUCAAUUGAAUUGCCAGAGGAUCGAUUGUGCCCUCCAGUUACGAACAGACACAAUUAUAUCCUAUGGCUCAAGGAUUUGCUAGACACCACAUCGUACGAUGAGCCUGGCCGGAAAGCGGUUGGACUGGAUAUCGGCACGGGUGCGAGCUGCAUAUACCCGUUGCUUGGGUGCACUCAGCGCGACUGGUCAUUUAUCGCAACUGAUAUCGACGCGAAAAGCUUGGAAUGUGCAAGGAACAAUGUCAAGCUCAAUGACCUCGGAAGUCGAGUUCGGGUUGUCGGCCGAAAACCCGACGAUGCGCUCAUUCCACUAGACGAUCUGAAGAUGGAUUCCAUCGACUUUACAAUGACGAAUCCUCCCUUCUAUGAGUCUGCAGAAGCCAUGUUGGAGAGCGCAGCAGGAAAGUCACGUCCACCAUUCACUGCCUGCACCGGCGCUGAGGUAGAGAUGGUAACCGAAGGCGGGGAAGUUGGUUUCAUCAGUCGCAUCUUUGAGGAGUCGCUCGUUCUGCGCGAGCGCAUCCAGUGGUAUACCGCCAUGGUAGGCUUUUUGUCUAGCCUCACCAAGAUUGUCGAUAAGCUAUGGGAGCAUAAGAUAGACAACUAUGCCAUCACAGAGUUCACGCAGGGCAACAAGACGAGACGAUGGGCGAUUGCGUGGAGCUUUCAGCCUCUACGGCCAGCACAGAGCGUUGCGAGGGGGACAAAGGCCGCGCUGUCGAGGAAUAUCUUGCCUUCCAUGACGGAGACUACCGCAUUCAAGAUGCCACUGAGAGACAAUAUCGGCGGGUUUGCAGAGAGCUUGAGCAACGCCAUUGCAGCGCUGGAACUUAUAUCCUGGAAUUGGAAUAAAGAGAAGCUCGAGGGCGUUGGCAGAGCUGUGGACAAAGUAUGGAGUCGGCCAUGGCGACGUCAGAAGAAGAGAGAAGCGGAGAUGCAGAUGAAUGCGGAGAUGGACGAUGGAGGUAACACGAAGAAGCCAUCAUCCGAGGCGCAGGUUUGCCAGUUUGGCUUCAAAGUUGCCGUGAGAGUGGCGAGAGAUCAUGUAUCGGUCGAAGCACGGUGGUUGGAAGGACACGAUGAGGUGGCCUUGGAGAGUUUCCGGGGAUUUUUGAAGACGGCUUCAGAAAAGGCAGUAGAAGACAUAAAGAAGGCGUGA